AAAAUUUCUUCUCCAUUAGAUUCGGAAUCUCUAAGCUCAUCCUUGAGUUUACCUGCUCAGUGUGCUUCGCUUUUGCGACACAACUCACUGACCUGUCUCUCACCAAACGCAAGAGAGAGCCAGCUCAAGCGCCAAGCCACACAUAAAGUCAUUAUCAGCUUGCAGAAGGAUCUUUGGAUUAAUUUUUAAGCGCCUUUUCACUUGCUGAACAUUUUGAAUGGCCAUUGUACCUUGUGGUAGUACAUCGGUUGCUCAAUGGGGUAUUUGUCCUCAGUUUAUGAUAAGGUCCUAUAUGCCAACCAGGGCAUCAGCAUCCCAUUCUAGGUUAAGUUGUCUAGCAUCUCCAAGUUCAAGCUUAUUUUCACGUGAUUCCUUUUCAUUAUCAUCUUAUUUGGGGUCAUCUCAAACUUCACAUCGCCGUAGAGGAGCAAGAUUUGUUGUUAGAGCUGAUGCAGAUUACUAUUCAGUCCUGGGGGUGUCAAAAAAUGCCAGUAAAUCUGAAAUAAAAAGUGCCUAUCGGAAGCUUGCUAGGAAUUACCACCCAGAUGUGAACAAAGAACCUGGUGCAGAACAGAAAUUCAAGGAAAUAAGCAAUGCAUAUGAGGUCUUGUCAGAUGAUGAAAAACGAUCCUUAUAUGACAGGUAUGGAGAGGCUGGACUUAAAGGUGCUGGUAUGGGCAUGGGGGAUUUCAGCAAUCCUUUUGAUUUGUUUGAGUCACUUUUUGAGGGCAUGGGUGGUAUGGGCGGAAUGGGUGGCAUGGGGGGCAGGGCCUCCAGGAGCAGAGCAGUUGAUGGACAGGAUGAAUAUUACAGCCUUGUCAUAGAUUUUAAGGAAGCAAUUUUUGGAGUUGAAAAAGAGAUUGAGGUAACACGCCUUGAGAAUUGUGGGACUUGUGAUGGUUCAGGUGCAAAACCAGGGACAAAGCCAUCUAAAUGUACUACCUGUGGUGGGCAAGGGCAAGUUGUCUCAUCAGCAAGGACUCCUUUAGGGGUCUUUCAGCAGGUAAUGACCUGCUCUUCGUGUAAUGGGACUGGGGAAGUGUUUACUCCAUGCAACACAUGUUCUGGCGAUGGACGUGUGAGGCGAACCAAACGGAUCAGUCUGAAAGUUCCAGCUGGUGUGGACAGUGGUAGCCGUUUAAGGGUCCGCGGUGAAGGGAAUGCUGGAAGAAGAGGUGGAUCUCCUGGUGACCUCUUUGUUGUUAUUGAUGUUAUUCCAGACCCUGUACUAAAACGUGAUGACACCAACAUUCUUUACACCUGCAAAGUUUCAUAUAUAGAUGCCAUUUUGGGGACUACAAUCAAGGUCCCAACAGUGGAUGGCAUGGUUGAUUUGAAGAUCCCAGCUGGGACGCAGCCGAAUACAACUCUUGUUAUGGCAAGGAAAGGGGUUCCAGUACUAAAUAAAAGCAACAUGAGAGGAGAUCAGUUGGUACGCGUGCAAGUUGAAAUCCCAAAAAGAUUGAGCAGUGAAGAGAGAGAGCUUAUUGAGGAGCUUGCUGAUCUAAGCAAGGGAAAGACAGUGAGCAGGAGAUAGUUGAAUGUGCAUUUUUGUAUUUUCAAUUCUUAAUUUGCUUAUCUUUGAAAUUAUUUUAUUGGUUUGAUAGAUGAAACCUGGGAGCUUUGGAAAUCUCUAUUGAGCUGUGGAAGGGUUGCCCAAUUGUUGUUAGUGGUACUAGGUAAAAUUAUAUUAUAAUACUUUUGUCCCACAAAAUGAAGAUAUGUUCAGGGAAAUUAGAGGGUGAAAUGGGAGAUACAUCUCUCUUUAAUUUUGUUUUAAUACUUUUUACAGAAUAUACUUCUUUUUUUUUUUU